UGAUACUACUUCGGCUUGGAACAGUUCAUAAAUAGUUUUGACUAAUUCUCUUAAAAAAUAUAUGUAACAAGAACAAAACAAAACGGAAGUUGAUUUAAUGUAAUACAAUCUUCUAUUAUUCUUAACUGGAUGUUACUAAUAUAAAGAAAACACCUAUUUUUGGUACAACCCUUUUUUUGGUCCGGACACCCCUAAUUUACCAAUUUGACCUUUAACUAAAAAUCGAGUCCACCCGUUGAACUCCAGUAAAUUCCAGAAAAUCCAGGGGUAAGCAACAACUUCUUCGACUUCGUUUCUCUUUUCUUUUUUCCUACUGUUCAUCAUCUCCCUCUGAGAAUCUUAUUGGAACAACAUCAAUUGAAUAAAUUAAACACUCUACAUCUAUCGACAACCUCAUUAGGGUUUUUUUUUUCAAUUCCUUCUUCUCUCUUUCUUCUUCGUACAGAUUACAGAUCGAUUAGAACAAUUGAAUUUCAAACUCCAUUCGUUACAACCAAGAUCGAUUUGGUUAAUUUGAUUAGUAAGAUUGAUUUAUCUAAUUUCGGAGUUAUUUUUCGAUUGGAGAAAUAUGAGGUUAAACAAAGGAAAUUAAUUCGUAUUAGGUUAGGGUGAUAGACAAUGAACCAGUUGUCCAACACGAUUGGAAAUUCUCAACUUUUGGUGAAGAAGUUCACAAGCAAUCUGUACUCUGUGGGAAAUGUUCUCAAGUUUCUCAAACUCAUGAGGUUGACAAGGGAUGCCAUUUCAGCAUCCAUUUGGACAUCUCAACACCUAAGUUUUGCUCUUUACUGUUAUGUCUCCCGUUACUAACACCUCGCCCAUAUCAUCAAAGUUGGUCUCUCAUUGUCCUCGACUAAUGCGACCGAAAUCUACUUCAACAUGGUUGUUGCUCUUGCGAUUGAAUGCAUGCUUAAGGUAAUGUUGUGCUCCUUCUGAUUAGUUGUUACUAUAAGUAUUGCUUCCCUGGCUUGUAUCAAGAUUUAAACUUCCAUAUACAAAGCAUUUCCAUACGUUGUGUAUUACUCUUUAAUAAUUUGGCAUAGGUGCCUGAUCAUUCUUGAAGUAAGACAUCAUAGUUGUCCAUUUUUUCUUUCUUCGGUGAAAGCUUACAUUAUUUUGGUGGAAGAGGUCAGGCACAAUUUUAUACCCAUAUUCACAGCCCUUAAUUUAUUUUUAAUUUCAUGCAUCGUGGCAUCAUUACUCCGACACUGAAUAUGGGAUACCAUGUUUUUUCUUUUGAGGAGGUUUCUAUUAUGGAUGUUGGUACCUCAAUGGAUAAUAGCCAAAAUUUGUUGGGACUGAAAAAUACAAGUGUCAUCGUCUCAAUGACCAAUUGCCCCUUCCUUACCCCUUCAGGGGCAGAAUCCUCUAUACGUUGCUGCAACUAUCUGUUACGACUCCAAUUUGGCUGCUACUAGCUUUUCUCUGCCUGCCUUAAUCCUCAACAAUCAUUUUACCAAUCAUUAUCUACCUAUCCGUUUUUUACAGUUGUUAUAUUUACUGUCGUGUGGUUGGAAUACACGCGUCGAGUUGUAAUAAGCUAGGUCUUUUUGUUUGGGUUUCCCUUCUGAGUAUUUAAGACUAAACGAUUGUGUAAGCGAGAUAAGAAAUAGAACUUGAAUUUUGAGGCUGCACUCUUGAGUGUAGAUGUGUCUAUGAUAGUUGUGUCCUUCUCUGUUACACUGCAAUCUCUUCAUAGUCCUGUCAAGAUCAAUCACGUUCUUGAAAAUUGGUAUCACCCAGAAGAUAUUUCCUGUACUGUGCAAUGACUGGAGGUCCUUCAAUUAAAGUGGUGGAUGCUACCACCAAGGAACUGACAACGAUGAUGCAAACUUUAACAGAUCUACAUAAAGAAGAAAGUACAGCUCGUGCUGCUGCUGCAAGAGAGCAACAAGAUUCGUUGAACUCACUCAUAGCUUUAUCCAAAGAGAGUCACCCUCAGUUCACAGCUUUACUCACUCAUCUUCAAAGAGAUACACCACCUCCACCUGAUAACUCUGGUGCUUCUCCUUCAUACACUCCAGAUCCAGUACUCGAUCCAACAAUCAAAACCCCUAAAAUCGAUUUUCCUACCUUUGACGGUGACAAUCCUAGAAGAUGGAUUCGGCGUUGUGAACGAUUCUUUCAGCUCAAAUCGGUGCCGCUACGACAACGAACUCAGUUUGCCUCUAUUCACCUGGUCGGAAAGGCUGAGUCAUGGUUCCAUGAUUUUCAAAAUGGUAAAGACUUUAUUGCUUGGUCUGAUUUUUAUUCUUCUAUUUGUGAGUGUUUUGAAGAUCUAGCCAAUGAAAACUUCGUAGGCUGUUUCAAUAAAUUACCUCAAAUUAAUUCUGUGGAGGAAUACUAUGAAAAAAUUGAGCCACUCAAAGCUCUAAUGCUUCAGCAUAACCCUUUUUACACGGAAGACUAUUUUGUGAUGAGCUUUUUGAGUGGAUUAAAGGUGAUUAUUCGUCUAGAUGUAGAAAUGCACAAACCUACUACCUUAUCCCAAGCAUAUUACCUAUCCAGACUUCGAGAGGGUGCUUUAGCUUCUCAGCAACAACAAAUUACUAAGAGUACUCCAUAUAAACAACCCACCACCGCUACCUACUAUAAUAAGUACUCUCAAACCCCACCAAUUUCCACACCCAGACCACCUACUUCUUCCCUUACUGUCACUUCCCCACCACCAAAUACUCAACCAACAAAAUCUUUGUAUGUUCCACCUCCCAUCAGGCGCCUCUCCAGAGAAGAACAAGAUAAGAGAAGGGCUCAAGGCCUCUGUUAUAACUGUGAUGACAAAUACACCCCUGAUCACAGAUGCAAGCCUCAACGUCUAUUUAUGACUCUUACUGAUGAUGAGACAGAAAACACAGAACCACCACCAUUCGAUGAUGCUUCCACGGAUUCCUUAGUCGAAUCCGACAUGGAAAUCUCACUACAUGCGCUUACAGGUACAAUGAGUGCUUGCACUAUUUGAAUUCCAGGUUUCAUUAAAAACAAAGCUGUCACAAUUCUGGUUGACACCGGAAGAACUCACAGCUUCAUUGACUCAGCACUUGCUAAUCAAAUAGCUUGUGAAGUUCAGCCCACAACACACAUGUUAGUUACAGUAGCCAAUGGAGCAAGAACUACAAGCAUUGGGGUAUGCAAGCAAUUACAGUGGCAUAUGCAAGGCCAUGAUUUUGUUGGUGACUUAAGGUUGCUUCCAUUAGGGGGAUGUGACAUUGUUUUGGGUGCAGAUUGGCUGAGUACAUUGGGAGAUGUGACAUUUAAUUUGUCCAAACUCUCCAUUUCCUUCUUACACCAUGAUAACCUCAUUAAAUUACAGAGCUCUACUUCUAAACCAUCAUUACUGCUCAUGAGUGGUAAUGCCAUGAAGAAAUUUAUUAAGAAAAACACCUGCCUUGGUUGGCAAAUUUUUUCACAUAGAUUCAACCCCAAUACCAGAUCAAAUACCCACUCAAGUUCAACCCCUUCUUGAUGAGUACAAAGAUGUUUUUUCAGAGCCUACCACCUUACCUCCUACCAGAAGUUUGGAUCAUAAAAUCCAGUUAAAACCCAAUACACAACCCCUCUCAUUAAGGCCAUACAAAUGUCCAUACAUUCACAAGUCAGUGGUUGAAUCUUUGGUGAAGGAAAUGUUACAGGCAAGGAUAAUUCAAGAUAGUCAGAGCCCAUUUGCUUCUCCCAUUCUGCUGGUAAAGAAGAAGGACAACACUUGGAUAUUUUGUGUUGAUUACAUGCAAAUCAAUGACAUCACAAUCAAAGAUAAGUUUCCUAUACCCAUUAUUGAUUAAUUGCUAGAUGAAUUACAUGGUGCCACAGUUUUUACUAAGCUAGACUUAAGGUCGGGAUAUUAUCAAAUAAGAGUCAAUGAAGAUGACAUCCAAAAAACUUCCUUUAGGACACACCAUGGACACUAUGAAUUCAAAGUAAUGCCAUUUGCCUUAACAAAUGCCCCUGCCACUUUUCAAGCCUUAAUGAAUUCAAUCUUUGGUCCUCAUUUAAGAAAAUUUAUCCUUGUCUUCUUUGAUGACAUUCUCAUUUAUAGUGCCAACCUUCAAGACCAUCUCCUUUACCUUUCUACAGCUCUCACACUAUUAAUACAACACAACCUAUUUGCCAAACUUUCUAAAUGUACUUUUGCUCAGUCAUCCCUACAAUACUUAGGUCAUAUCAUUACUGCCCAAGGGGUGGAAGCUGACCUUGAGAAGCUUAAAUGUAUGCAAGAUUGGCCAAUCCCAACAACUCUGAAGCAACUCCGAGGAUUCUUAGGCUUGACUGGUUACUAUAGGAAAUUUAUUCAAGGAUAUGGAACCAUAUGUAAGCCACUCACUAACUUACUGAAGAAGAAUUCUUUUCAUUGGUCCACAUCAGGUUUGAAUGCUUUCAAUUCACUUAAAAGUUCUAUGUGCAAUCCACCAGUCCUGGCUUUACCAGAUUUCUCAAAACCCUUUGUAGUGGAGUCAGAUGCUUUCUUUCAAGGUGUUGGAGCUGUACUUAUGCAAGAUGGAAGGGCUAUA